GUAGUGGGGAAUAUAUUCGCCCCGUUGUUGAAAUUCAGUAGCGUAGAAAUACGUAAAAUCAAACCUCAUUCUAACCUAAGCAUUCUAAUCAUGACUCUAAGGCAAGCUGUCCAGAGUUCAUUGGUUACAUUUUCGCUAAAGUCGACUAAAAGUUGAAAUACAUUGAAUGUAUACCUAUAGUUCACUAAUUAGAGAUAUGCAGCACACGUAUUUCAUCUCUCAACUUGACUCCGGUGGAAACAUAGCCAUUGAAAAGCAAGACAACUUCCUCGUAUGAUCUGUGUUAGAAAGAAAGCAGAGACUUGCCAGACCAUAUUGAAAACAGCUAACCUACUGAUAGUGACUAGACAGAUGUUCUGUCUGAGUGAUUCCUUGCAAAAUAAAUCAAGCAUUGAUUACGUCGGCCUUGAAAGAUCUCUGUAAAUGAUAAUCCUAAAAAUACAAACAGCUUCGACGAAAGGCUUCGAUUCUCAAAAUACAUACGUAUUUAUAUGUUUCAGAUCAAAAGAUUCAUAGUAACAAAUCCUAAUAAACAUUUUAAACACAACUGAUCACCUCGAUUUAUUCGUAAUAAUCAUUUUGCCAGACUCAAGGUAAGCAGUAAAAUAAAAGAAAGUAAAGAAAUCAUAUUAGAUGACUAGGAAGAGGGUGAAUUCCAAUAUAACUUGAAGCGAACUCCGGAAAGCGUCGCUACUGAAAUACAAAAGUUCCCCCACAAUUCAACGCCAGGACCCGGUGAACAACUCGCGACGUCCGCUGCACCUGCGUUCUCCAAUCGUACAGUGGCGCCGCGGCGAACCACUGCGGAAAAUAUGCAAACCCAAGAAAAGGGCAUCGCGUUCGACUAUUCCCGCCGCCAUUCGUGCGCAGCGGUCAGAGACACGAGAGCGGUUCCCGGGUUAGAGAGGGGCACAGAGACAGAGGGGAAACCUUCUAGAGAGCGAAGGAGAGGAUUGGUGCGCAUGGUUACGGGGUAACGGGGGAGUACGGUCAGGUUCCUGGGGGGACGAGAGGUCGGCAGCGGCGAUGGCGAGCAUAACCGAAGGCGGGGAGACAUCGCCAAGCGCACACGGCAUGUCUCAAACUCUCAACAUGCUCCUAGCUGGCAAGAGGUAGAUCAUCCACACGGUGUGCGCAUCGGGUUCGCUUAUAAAUCCAGGCGCAGGAUAUUUUGUGCCGCCGGAUAGGCAUGUUACGGAUAAAGGGACUGAUCGUUCGAAGGUGGAGAAUUUGAGGGAAACGAUAUAGGAAGGAGAAAAGUAUAUAUAUAUACACAUUGUUUUUAAAAAAUCGUGCACCUUCGACGUCGUCCUCAUCAUCAUCAUCGUCGUCGUCGUCGAUUUUGUGAAUAGAAGCUGAUACACUCGUGUUGGUGAAUUAAUACGAGAACACGAAUUACAUUCCUACCGAUCUGUCGAGUUCAGUUCAGUUCAGUUGAGUCGAGUUGAGUGUAAACGGUAGGAGAGGAAGCAGAUGCCCGAGUGUGCUCGAGACAUCAAGACAGUGAAACGCGUGAAACCCGACGAGGACGCUGCUGACUGGCGUUGAACGUGAAACGAGUCGUCCUGUUUGACUGGAAAUCCGUGCGUUUGAGUUUCAUACGUGAUUAUCAGUUUAGCGCAUAAAAUUGAAUUAAAAAAUACGAGAAGUAAAUAAAUAAAUUACAUGUAGUACUGGCACAGUGUAUCGGGUCGUUGAUGAAUAAUGAAACGUGAUCGUUCAGAAACUCUAUCGAGUUUUGUAAACAGUGCGGUUGAUGUUCCUGAGUGAAACGGUACCCGAGUUACUGUAAUAAAGCCCAAGAAAUUUCUCUCUGGUGGAAUUCAAGACUGAAAAAGCCUUGAAGAAUUUUAUCAACUUUCAAAAGGGAAGUCAUAGAGGACAGGUGCACGCGGUACUUAAGCAUCGUUAUAAACCCGGUGCUACCUGACGACCGACCUUGAUAGAAAAUACCAGACGUUUAAUACGUCGAGGAGACCGAAGUGGAAGAGGAUCGGAGUCGAAGCGUGGAGGAAGCAGCAGCAGCAACAGCAGCAGCAGGGUGGCGUGAAAAGCGUGAUCGAGCCGAAGCCGAAGGGAUAUGGUGAAGUGCGGAGUGUUUUCGGGCAGGUGAGAGCAGUGGGUGCGCAAGCGAAGCGAGUAAUAGUGUCCACGAGAAAGCGCAGUGAAAUAUGCCAAGGAGACGGAAUGGGGAAAUACCGCUUCCGGAAGGGUGGGACGUCGCGCAGGACUUCGAUGGCAAAGUCUACUUCAUUGACCAUAACACGAGGAUAACAACCUGGAUCGAUCCUAGGGACAGAUUUACGAAACCUCAAACCUUCGCCGAUUGUAUCGGUAACGAACUUCCGCUCGGUUGGGAAGAGGCCUAUGACAAGCACGUAGGAGCUUAUUACAUUAAUCAUGUUAACCAAACAACCCAAUUGGAAGAUCCCCGACAGGAAUGGCGAGCCAUACAGGAAGCCAUGCUUCGGGAGUAUCUACAGACCGCACAGGACGUACUGGAGGCGAAGAAGGAAAUCUACGAUGUGAAACAGCAGAGACUGUGUUUGGCUCAGGAUGAGUACAACCAUCUUAACAAUGCACUUACAACUCUUGGCGCAUCUCGCACCAGUUUGUGUUCCAGCUCGAGUUCCUUGAGCACCAAGUAUGAUCCGGAUCUACUAAAAUCUGACGUGGCUUUAGCCAGAAGUCGAGUGUCCAGAUUGAAGCGGGAACUGGAGCAGAUACGUGCUGAGAUGAACUGUACGCAAAGAGGAGUAGACACCUUAGCCAGUGUGGAACAAAAACUUAGUGCUCAUCAUGGUGGCUGCUACAACAUUACCGAAGCUCAGGCCAUCAUGACGGAACUUCGUAACAUUCAGAAGUCCUUGAGUUCCGGUGAGAAGGAAAAGGCUGAGUUGAUGCAAUCCCUGGCACAGUUGAAAGAUGAGCUAACGAGGCUUCAACUAUGCGAGGGUAGUCCUGAAGCCAGCACCCUGAGUCUACCUCAGGAGAAACUAAGCACAGCCUCUCAGACUGAUCUUUCCGGAGAGCUGGUGCCAAUUGGUACAAGAUUAGCUGAGAUGGCGAGGAUGAGGCUGCAGUACGACGAAGCGCGGAAGAGGAUACAGCAUAUUCAGCAACAGUUGGCCGAUCUCGAGGAAAAAGUCACGCCAGGACAGACCGAAAGUGACAAGGACAAGUUGCUCCUGUUUCAGGAGAAAGAACAGCUUCUACGAGAAUUGCGCAGUAUCACUCCAAGAACUAGGACGCAACAGGACAUGAAGAAGAUUCAAUGUGAGAUCAGGAGGCUCGAGCAGGAUCUGAACAACGCCUUGGAACUCUCCAACAAGACUAUUACCGAUAGAGUGCGUUUACAUGAAGAGAAGCAAUUAUUGCUUCAGCAACUCAGGGAUGCUCUACGUUCCAUGGCCAUGCUCGAGGGACAGCUCAAGACACUUAGUGCCAGUACACUCUCCGUGAGCAGUAGUUCCAGUUUGGGUAGUCUCAGUACAACAAGCAGCAAGGGUUCCUUGAGCUCGGGAUUGAGCUUCACAGACAUCUAUGGCGGACCUCAGUGUCUUGGGCCUGUUCAGCAAGAGAGACCAGUGGACAUGGUAGAUCUUCAUAGAAGGGUCGAGAGACUGUUGAGAGGAUCUGAACAAAACCUGGGUAAUUUUGGUACACCAUCACCUGGAAGAUCGCAGCCCAGCUUGUCGCCAAGAUCUAGUUUAUCCAGUGUGAGCCCACCAGUGUCACCCUUGUACGAAAACGCCCCAAUGGGUCCACCACCUGCGUACGAGCAGGUGGAGAUGCAAAGGCGACAACAGAGACUCUUAGCCUCCACAUCACCACUAGACAGAAAUCAGCUGGAAGACAAACUGGCUGAACUUCGACUUAGUCAACAAGCCAUUCAAGAACAGUUAUCGGCGAGUUCUGAGCAUUUAAAGCUCAGUCCACAACCGCCAAUCGAAUUACAAUCUGGAAAUAUGUCCCAGGGUAGCGGCCUAGGUAGGCCAGCGAUGCCAUUACCUCAAGAACCACCGUUAUCACCUAUAAGUGAAACUCCACCUCCAAUGGGAAUCAGGUCGCGAGCAAGUAGUUCCGGUACGAACACUAGAUCGGUAUCAGCUGCCGUAUCCGACGAAAGUGUCGCGGGUGAUUCCGGUGUUUUUGAAGCAUCUAACAGAAGACGAUUAUCCGGCUUGCUUGGUGUGGAUCCUCUAGCUCUCGGAGAGAUGAACCUUGAGACUGCCCAGGUGCAAAUAAAGCUCAGGUAUUCCGUGAGCGACGGACUCCUUCACGUCGGCAUUGAACGUGCCAGGAACCUGGCCGCUCUCUUCAUACCGGAUAAUACUCAAGUAUACAUCAAGGCGGCUCUUUUACCUAUGCAGCCUCCCGUUAGUCAUAUGUGCUGUACAAAACCAGUCACGGAUCUACGUAAACCCACCUUCGGCGAGACAUUCCCCAUCGCAGUGCCUCUGAAUAAACUUUACACGAAAACUUUACAAGUUAAUGUAUGGUGCACGGGUGGCGAGUCUGAGGAGUGCUUGGGUUCAGCCCAAGUCUCCCUCGCAGACUUCAGUCCGGAAUCUCCAAGCGUCAAGUGGUACAACAUUUUAUCGUUCCGCUUCAUGCAGCCGCCCACGUCUGAUACUCCUAGUACCAGCAAUAGCGUGACUUCCGGUAAACAUGCGAAGCAUGAUAAACAAGAAUCCGAUGUCUCUAUGUAUCGAGGAGCCCAGGUGCAAAACACCAAGGAGGAGAGCAGUGACGAGAGCACGAUAAUCAGCUCGCAAACGUCGACCCUGACCAGAAAUCAGGGCUGUGAAGAAUUGCAAACGGCGGUUUCGCUCCGGCUCGAAGAACUGGCGAAUUGUUUGGGUAGUCCUGAGGAGGAAGAUGAGGAUGGUGAUAGUGAUAGUGGUAGCGAGGAUAGCGACGAGGAAGGUAUCAUCGUCGAGUUCAUGAUGGAGGACAAUGUGCUUGAGGACGUUUUGGAACACGAGGAAGAUGAAGAACUUGCCGAAGAGGAAAAUCAAACGCAGGAUAAGGAGACCAACACGGAAUGUAUAUUCAUCCCGGAACAGGGUAAGCAGAGGAAGUUGUCAGCUGCUGGCGUGGUACCUGGUGCGAUUCACGAUGACAAGAAUUCCAUCGUCAUUAAGAGGAGUCAGACUUUCUCGCCAAGCGCAGCGGUCAGCAGGAAUCAUUAUAUCUGUCGACUAAACCGCAGCGACAGUGACAGUAGCAUGCCACUCUACCGUCGGGGUGGACCCUUCCAGAGAAAUUCCGUGGAGCGUCGUUCCCUUCGGUGGAGACGACCCUCUUCGGCUCUUAGCUGUAAAACAGCGUCGAAGAAGUCCACCCACUUGCCACCGACGGCGAGGACGUCCCUGGACCUAGAGCUUGACUUACAGGCCCAGCAUGCACGGUUGAACAACCUUCACGACGAGUUGAGCAGGUUGCGAGACCUAAAGCAGAGGCUGGAACAGGCACGCGAGAAUGGAAACAGCGACCUGGCUAGUUGGCUUCUGGAGGAUCACAAAUUCCAGUCACUAAUGGCGCAGGCUGAGAGUGGCAAGAAUGGAAAAAGCGCCGAGGAUAAGAAGGUCGAAAAGAUGCUGAAGAAGACCUCUAAGGAGAUUUAUAAGCUUCGCAAGACCAAGGCCGGAAAGGGAAAGCCUGACAUUAUAUCCUUCAAAGAAAAAAUGGCUUUCUUCACAAGAGUCAAUCUAAACGUGCCUGUACUUCCGCCGGAAGACACACCGGAGAGCGGCACAAAUAAUUCGGGUCCUCAGCACAGAAGACACGCCUCUGAACCGGUCAGCAGCCAAUCGGCAGUAGCAGCUAGAUUGCAGCCUGCGACGAACUGUUCAUCCAACAGUGCACCGUCUGGUAGUACGAACAUGAGAACAAAUAGUGUCGAGGGAAAUAAAGUUAACAGUGUGGUCACCAGUAACUGUGCGGAUCUUAGUACGAACAGUGUGAACUCUGUGAACGUGACGUCGGAGAGCAAAACGGGCAAGCAUCCGAAUGACAGCGAUAGUAUCGUUAUACCGGAAGAAGAUUCAAAAGGUUCAAAAGCGAUAGAAGAUAACGGUGAACCCAAGAGGUACGAGUACGUAGUGGACAGGGUGCUCGGUGUCGAGGUUUAAGAAAAAAUAAUAAUCAGAGAAAUGGGAAAAAGAUAUGCUAGUUUGCUCGUUCAGACCUUUGUUAUAUUGAGUGCCAAUCAGAUUCUAUUCUAUUCGUGAUUGAUCGACGAGUUAAUACGUAACUAGGUUAGGGGAUAUGAAACAUACAUAACACCGAAUCGUAUUACUCAUUAUCCAUAUAGCACUGUUACUCAUUAUUCACAGACUUAACGUUGGCAAUGCUGAAAUAUUUGUCCAUUCGUCUCUCGUUAUUACCUAAUUAAGGCGAUGAGGACGCACUAGCCAAUUAUCAGAGCGAUAAUCCUCCCCACCCUAUCUGCCCCCCCCCCCUGUUGUUUAUAGGUAUAUACGCGAGCGUAAAUUAUUUAAUUCCACGAUCGAUUACCUUAUUUAAUUACGUAUUUUAAUUCACGGCUCUGUUGCACCGUGCGUGUCGCGGAUUGAUUCUGACCCGUGUGUGUAUUUCUCUUCCAUUAUCUAUGUUCUUUAUUCAUGUCUUUUCUCCUUUCUUUCGUAUAUAUAUUUCGUAUAUAUAAUUAAAAAAAAAAAAAGAAAAGGAAAAGACCGAGACGCACGACCCACCGAGCAGCUGGUCUGCGAUUCGAAUGAAUGUUACGUUACGUUUGCGCUCUUGGUUUUUCUAGUUCUUUUUUUUUUCUUUGGACUCACCCUCGUGCGUGGGGUGUUUUGCGCAGAAUGCGUGCGCAUGCGUCUACCGAUUACGCGAGGGAACGGUGUAGGAGAAUGGUUUUUCUUGAAGUGCCUUUUAAUAUUCGGUGCUGCUUUGUACAACGGAGAUUCUAAGGAAUCAUGAAAGUGAGAUUAGAAGAGAAAGCUUAAAGAGUUUAUUGACGUAUUUUCAAAUUUGAAAAACGAACGCUUGGCAAUAUCGAACAAAAGUAUGUUUGCAUUCGAUCGAAGUGCCUCAAACGCUGUAAGACACGACGACAAGAAGAAAGAUACUAUAUCCCAGGUGAUAGAACGUUGCAAAUGUAAUUCCAAAAUGCAGAUCUGAUUUCUGAAAAGUGACGAGACGAAAUGAAAAUAACAUAAAAACAAAGCAGCGUCACGCGAAGGAGAUAAAAAUGAAACUGAGAGAGAAAGCGUAGGAGAGAGUAAGGAAACGCCUAUAUUUUAAUAUAACUGUUAAACAAUUUAAAUGUUAAAUGAUAAAGCCGACUGACUGAAUACCGAUUGUAAUACACUUGUUAGUUCUAAUCUAAUCCUUUUUUUUUUUGUAAACUGUUAACUUUUUGAUAGUCUUGUUAUCACUAGGUCGUUUGACAUCUCGCAGACUAAUGCCCAUGGCUUAUAAUGCCACAAGAGGCAAAGACAAGAGAAAAAAAAAAGAAUACUUUAUUGGUGCUUCAAGUCUCUGGGUUCAAACUACUACACUAUAGACAUCUAAUGAAUAUAUAAUUCCCGUGGAAGCUUCGAGGUCCGCAAGAUGUCAAACCUCCAGUUGUCUCUAAGUAUUCGUUACUCUAAUUGUUAAAUGAAAACGUGAAAGAAAAAAUACUCAGCCACUGAGCAGAGCGCGACAAGACAUGUACGAACGAAGGAAGGUGUAUAAUGUAAAAGAAAAAAGCCAAAAUAAGACAGACAGGAACAGGAAGUAUCAACGACACGAGGAUCCUUCGUAGAUAAACCACAUGAAAAUAAGUACACAGUACGAGCGUCGCGCGAUUAAACGAAUGAAAGAAAAAAAAAGUGAAAAUUCACAGAAGCCCUAAACUAUUUUAUACACUAGUAUACUCGUUACCAGUAUAUCAUCGUUGAACAGGAAGCUUCCGGAUGAUGGAUAAAGAAAUGGUAAAAAAAAAGAAACAAACCAACAUCCGGAAACUAUCGACAUCAUCUUCCGGGGGCUGACGCCGCGCUGGUAUGGAAUCGAAAUUCACUGCGGUUAGCUCUCGGUACAAGAACUCAUCCCAGUACUAAGAAAAUAUUAUGCCUUACUACAUUUUACGGUAGAUAGGUUGUCUAGUAGAAAGUAAAGAUUGUUGAAAAAAAAUAUAUAAUAAUAAAAUUGAAAUUUUUUUCGAGCGGGUGGAAGAAAGGGAGGUUUCUAUAAUACAUGACGGGUAAGAGUAAAAAUUGCGGGAGAAGCAACAGACACCCCCUUGUACAUAAGUUUGUAAAUAUGCAUCUAACGAGAAUAUAGAUAUAAAUAUUAUAAAUAGUCUAGUGUUAAACGUGUAACAAAAUUACGUGCGCAUACACACGAGGAGUGUGUCGUGAGAGUGAGUGUGAGUGAGGACUAAGAGAAAAAGAGAGAGAGAGUGAGACGAGAAGAGAAAAAUGAAAAAAGCAGACGACUCGUAUACUACAUUAAUAAUAAUAAUAAUAAUGGGAAUAUGAAAUUCUCGUGUGUAUAAAGUACUCUAUUAUACCGCGUAGCCCGCGUUCUGUUCAUAUUAAAAACGAAAACCGUCUGCAUACGAGGUACCGACUACGCCUAUGUAUUAUUAAUGUUAUAUUAUGUAUUAUUGCUACAGCAUAGCGUAUUACUAUCGAGAAGUAAAUAUGAUAAUUUCGUAAAAAAAAUAAAACGUACACACAGACCACAAUAUUUACACGAAGUGAGUGCGGGAGACACAACGUGGUUCCACAUACACACACACAUGCUUUGUAAGUAAUGGUUCGUAUGAUAACGAUUAAAAAAAGUACAAUAUAAAUUUGCCUUCUUGUUUC